CGAUGUGGUAACGGCAGCCACUGAACGAGGUGCAACCGUGGUGGUGUUAAUCCGCCGUCGUCGUCGACAUCGCAAAUGAUUUUCCAGUUGCUUAUAUUAUACAAAUUUACAAUAAUUAUCGCGACGUCUGUAUAAUCGACUGACACGUUUUGUUUCGCGUUUCCUGCAUCCCGUUACCAAUAACCGAUUACCGUGUUUUACCUUUACCGAUUGUUGUGAUUAUUUCGUUCGCUAUUCGUGGUGAUCGGUCGCUUUCCUCCGUGCUAUCCGCCAUCCGGGACUGUCGGUAAUCCAAAAGAGAGACGGGCGCGGCCGUUGCGCACUGUUCUGUGUAUUGGUAAAUAGUAGUAAGUGAGUUCCGAUAAGUACACUUGAUUGCAGUUACAUGUGAAUAUGGCGAUCGACAUUAGUAUUGUUGAAGUAGGGCGGCGGAGGUGACUUAGUACAAGUACAGAUGUACUUGUAAUAAUGAGUGUUUUAUCUUCUUGCAGACAAUUUGUGAAAGUAAUUGUUAUAAGUGUAUAAUUUUUAAAAUGCUGUUCUAGAACGGCGACAGUCAAGAGCGUUUUGGGGUUGUAACAAUCAAUGUGUGUAGCGGUAACCUUCUGCUACUGCUAUUGAUUUCGAUGUAUGUUCUCUGUGAACAUAGGUGUGACUACUACUAUUACUUCUACUGUGAGUAUAGGUAAUCACAGUUACAGUGGUAAGAGCACGCAUAGAAGGUUUGACACUGUUAUAUUUAUGAAGAAUACCUACUUGCAGUUAAUAGAACAGUAUUUUUCAUCAAUUAACACGUAACUGAACCAAAAUGGAAGGUGUACCACGGUUGUAUAUGAUUGGCAUGCCAGCAAAACGGUGUGUUUACAACCAGACACCUGAUUUUUCAUCAGCCUUAAAUUAUCAAAUACAAAAAUCAUAUGACCGAGAUCCCAGUAUGUAUUCUGCUGACAUAGACACAUUACUUAGACUCAGGCAAUCUGCUAUGGACGUUGUGAUGUCAUCUGUUUGCACUGUAGAAGAGUGUACAGCAUUAAAACGUUACUAUGCACACCUUGUUAGAUUAACAGAUAAGUUUCCUAAACUGAUGCAGCAACAAAGUAUUGGGCUAAAAGAAUCUCCUGAUGACGUUGAGGUUUCCAAGGCUAGAGAACCAAAACCACUGAUGUUUAAAUGGAAACGAGCUCUUGGUGGCAAAACAAACCUGCAACAUCAAGUGAAAAAUGAUAUCGACUCCACAGAAGUAGUUGAUAGUGGAAAUAUCGGGUAUGAAAUGAGAUGCGUGCUGUACAAUGUGGGCGCAGCUCAUAGCCGGCUGGCUGCAGCACAGGACAGGUCACCACCAUUAGUAUCUUCUAACGUGCCAACAAUUGAUGUGGAAAUUCCACCAAAUAAUGCUCUCAAGAUAGCUUGCACACACUUGCAGUGUGCUGCAUGGGCUUUUCAGCAAUUGCUGGGUGGCGAUGGAUCCAAUAAUGAACAAACGAAGUGGAACCAUCGACAGCAGCCACAAGUUACAAGCCGCGCAGUUCUUGAAUUUGCAUUCAAUGUGACACUAGCACAAGCACAAGAGUGUAUACUAGAGAAAAGUAUGAUGGAUGGCCGAAAAUCUCUUAUAAUAGCUAAAGUAUCAGCCAUGAUAUGUGAGUAUUUUGCUGGAGCUGUGGAUGCGGUUCAAAGAGUAGAACGUGAGCCAUAUUGCGUAAGCACUAACAGGCUAGAGAAGUGGCGACUAUACUCCGAAUUCAAGUGUCGAUAUUAUGGUGCUGUAACUGCUCUAUUCCAGGGCCAACACGUUCAGGAUCAGCUGCAGCAAAUGGGGACCCGUGUGUCAUAUUACCGGCGAGCAGUGAAUCUGUUGGGCCGGGCUGGUUUGAUUUCAGAAAGUGGUAGUAAGAUGGUGGCUUCGAUUUCGAAAGAUGAAGAUUCGGCAGAUGAUGACUACUACUAUUACUUAGAAUCAGAGCAUGGGCGUCAUGGUAAUGGUCGAUCUGCAGCUGCCAAAGAAUUGGAGAUGCGCAGAGACACUUUAUCAUUUGCAAUGGAUGUGGCUGCGGCAAAGUGGCGAGCAGCCAAGUCAGAAAAUGAGCUAAUCUAUCAUGAACCUGUGGUGCCUGUGCUGUCAGAUGAUGAUGAUAGUGAUUGUUUAGGAAAUACCUUAACAAAAACCAGUACUCAUCAUCACCAAUUAGAUAGGGUCAAGGGUGCAUCUCUGGUCAAGCCUAUACCAUUUGGUGUUGAUGAUCCUGAACUAUUGGCUGUUGUUUUGGUCACCAAUAAUAAUGAAUCAUCUAGUAUUACUACUACUUCAUUAUUCAAGGAUCUAGUGCCUACAGUUACCCGCCACCGAGCCGCAAUGUACCGAUCAGAAAAACGCAAUCUCGAAGCAGAUAUGCAAUCAUUGUGUCAGGAAGCAGAUGACCAAUUGAAUGAGUUUUCGGACACAUUACAUUUGGAAUGCUUAGAAAUGUAUAAAGGCGUAAAUUCUGAAUCCAGUGAAGGUGUUAAAGAGAAGAAUGAUGUGGUGGAACUCCCACAACAAUUAUUAAAUUGUUGUGCUGCUUACCAAGCCAUGUUGCAACAGCUACAAGAAAAGAAUGGAACAUCGUCUAUUGCAGAUGAAGAAGACCAGUUAGACAUCGACAUGGUUCGGCUAUCAGCUGCUGUUCAGGCUGUAGAUGGUAUGUUGGAUGAAAUAGACAGAUUUCUAAAGACCGAAGAACUCGGUGACUCCGAAUAUCGACGCACGGUUGGCCGUCCGUAUGAUUACUCUGCUGGCCGAAUGCGUGAAUUACGCCGCGAGGCUUCCCGGUACAGGGAAGCACACGUAGGCCGUGCACGGGACAGCUGGGUGACUCUGAGUCGAGCUGUUCGGGAUCGCCGUCGCCGGGACCUGGAGCUGCUUGCAUUGCCACCAGCUGAACUCGCUGCCCGUUUACCGCCAGCUCGUCCUGCAAUAUCUGUGAUCGCGUCUGAAGUUGCCGCCUCUGGUUCUGUUGAAUCGUCUUAUGAUGUGGCUGAGUUAUCGGACCAAAAUGAAGACUCGGAAUCAGACGAUGGUAGUGAUAGUCGAUUACGGAUGUUGCAACGUGAAUCAAUAAAACGUUUGGAUCGGCUUAAUAUGGUAGUUGGAAAAAUGAAAGAAGUGCGUGAGCAGCGGCAGAUACUGUUGACCCGGCUCCGAGACGAAAUGAACCGAGAGGAUAAGGACGCCGCAGCCGCAGGUCAGGAAGAUGUAGAUAUGCUAGGAGAACUGCGAGGAUCGGAAGUCGAUGUGACGGUGGCUGUGAAAAAAAAGCUGGAUGAUCGGUACGGAAAUCUGGUGAGUAUGAUUGAUCAGAACCUGUCAGCCCAACUAAAAAUUUUGGACGCUGUGAGGUCGGCGUAUGCGCGAGCUGCACCUGAGCGGCGGGCUUUCGCUAAUGCCAUGCAACGGCGCCGGACUCUAGUGUCGUCAUUAUUGGACGCGUAUGAAAGUUUUGUGGUAUCCAAUGGAGGAACACCAUUAGAAAAUUGUAGUGAAACCGUGGCGGCGUCACCGACCUGUGGACUACUCCCGGACGCAGUUCUAUCCGAACGGUGCGCAAAGGGUUUGGAUUUUUACCAGCGGUUGCUAACUAACGUAUCAAAACUGUUACAACGUGUAAAAGGAACAUGCCAAGUGCAAACCGAACAGCGAGAUCAGAUGAUAAAACAACACCAAAAGUGGGAAUCCACGACACAACAGACAGAUGACGAUCCAACCACCACAAUUGGUGGUCUUGAUGAUUUACUUGCUGCUGUAUCAGGCAUUGAUGACCAAGAUCACCAACAGGAGGACUUGGCUGCCUUGAUUGAGAGCUUCAGCAGUAGUGGUGGGCCUAUUAAGCCCGCUGCACCUCUGGGGGGCAGUCACUGGGAUGAGCAGCAUAACCACCUUCGUAGACUUUCACCACUUGGAUCUGAACAGCAACAACAGCAAAAACAAUAUUAUCAUCAGUACCGUCAUAAUCAAAUACAACCACCUUCGUCGUCCUCGUCCAACCCCAUUGAUGGCGGCAUUCCCUACUAUGGUGGUCAUUUAUCUUCCACAAAUGGAACUUACGAUCGUCUUAACAACAGGCAGCAACAGCCAACAUCAGCAAUAUCAACAAAUUAUCCGUAUUUAGCCUCUUACAACAUCGCUGUAGGUUCAACAGCAGUGACAGUUCCAGUAAAUUCUACUACUCCAUCACUUCCUUCUCCUUUGUCAUCAUCAUCAUCUGUGCCAUAUAGCUAUUAUAAUUAUCAAUUACUCACAACAAAAUCAUCAGAAAAUUCUACACUGCCGUCACCAUCAUACAACAACAUUAUAACUCCAGCUUCUACUGGCGAUAUUGAUUUACCCAUGACGCCUGCAAUGAAUGCUCUUCAUUUGAGUGAUAACAAUGGCAGUAGCCAAAACGUAAUUUCUUCGUAUAGUCAGAGUAGUGGUAGUGACGUUUUCCCAAAUGCAGCAGCAGCAGUUGCAAUUUUGCAGCGACCACUGCCCUCACAAUACAGUGGUGGUAUUGGUUAUGGUGCUGCCAGUGGUUAUGGGUAUCACCAUCCUCAUACAUUAUUAGCAUCACGACAGCAGCAAUUUUAUUCACCACAAAAGUUCCAGCAACAAAUUUCAACCACCAAUGCUGGUGCGACACGUGUUGGAACAGCGGGAGCAUUUGUACAACAAAAUCAACAGCAAAUGGUGAGAGGAGGUAGUGGUUUAUCUGCUGACAUAUCACAGCCACCAUUACCGAUGUCUUCUCCUCCGAUUUCGACAGCUACUGUUAACAGUUGUGGUUUAUCAGCAGUGGCGGAAUCGUCUUCCACUACUGUUGGUGGUACAUCAACUGUUGGAAAUUUUUACCAUCAAUUACCAUCACAAUUGCAGCAACAACAACAGCAGCAACAGCAACAGCAGCAACAGCAACAGCAGCAACAGCAACAGCAGCAACAGCAACAGCAACAACAGCAACAGCAACAACUUCAAAUUUAUCAACAGCAUCUACAGGAACAGAAACCACAGCAACAGCAUCCACAACAGCCUCAGUUGUACCAACAGCAAAUGCAGCCUCAGUUAUAUCCACAGCAGCAGCAGCCUCAACUGUACCAACAGCAAAUACCUCAGAUGUAUCAACAUUUACAGCAACAGCCCCAUCAAUUAACGACUACAAUAGGAAGUACCACUGGUAAUUUUUACUAUCCUUCGCCGAUCCACCAACAGACAUCCCAACUGUAUCAACCACCACAACACCAGAAACAAGUUCUACUGCAACCAACGUCAACGUCUGCAGUAACUGGCAGUCUGCAGCAACCGCCAUUAUUGUCAAAUAACAUCCUCAGUGUCGGCAGUAGUUAUUAUCAACAACUCCAGCCGCAUCAUUCCCCAACGACAGUAAUAUCAGCAACUACAUUCAACACUGUACCAACAACACUUAACAAUUACAUUUAUCAGCAGCCACCAAUGGUGGCAGUAGCCUUCAACCAACAUCUACAGCAGCAACAGUACUAUCAACAACAGCUUCCCAUUGCUGGUGAUGGUAGUGGUGGUGGUGGCUUAGCCACUAUGACAUCAACUGCCACUCCAAUCUUAAAUUUGUUGGAUGACGAUUUGUUAAUAUCAGGCCCACCACCAAUUCAACCAGAAAAAAUUGGUGCCAAUAGUGGCAAUGAUACUGUUACUACAUCAGCUAUUAACAGUAACAAGUGACUUGGCUGUUUGAGGAACGAUUAGCCGACGUCUUUUGAAUUUUUAAACUUAUUAUAGUACUUGUGCCACAUUUAUCUCUUUUGUACGCGGUUGAAUGUGUUUGUUUUAUCAAUGUUGAUGAUUAUGAUUAGCAAUGCCAAAAUCAGUCAUCACCGCACAUUGUGAUUUUUAUUAUCUUAUAUGUAUUUCUAUUUUAUUCCAUUAUGAUUAUCUUUAAUAUUUUAUUGCAAUACUAUUAUUUCAUUUAUUAACAUAUACCCACAUAUAUAUAUAUAUAUACAUAUAUAUUUAUUGAUAUUUAUAUAUUUUUUUUAUUGUGUGUGCUGGUAACUGGAUUGGUUGCGUUUGUUAUUAUUUUAUUAUAUCUAGUGGUUAUUAUUAUUAUUAAUUAUAAAAUAAUUUUAUCUGUUACAUACAUGCUCAUUGUUUUUUUUAUUUCACACAUAAUUAAUCUAUAUUUAAAUUUGCAUAUACGUAAUUAUAAUAAAAUAUUGCGUUAUGUUUACAAAUUAUAAUAAAUUAUAAUAUAACCAAAAAUAUCUACCUGUUUAAUAAUUUUGUCAAUUUUAAAUGAAAGUUUAUGUAAUUUCGAUAACUUGAUAUAUAAUUGGUCUUAGUUUAAAAAGAAAAAUGUUGUUCUUUGUUUUACAAACAUUUACAUAAUUUAAAAAUUUAAUUGCAUUAAAAAAAAUUAAUCAUGUUUAAAGUGUUUGUUGUUAUCUAUAUGUUAGUAUUGAGAUUAUCAAUAAAUUAUUUGCUUACUUAAUA